AUGAGUACUGUCAGCCCGGCAGUGAAAAUUGGCCUCCGAUUUCUCGGCAUAUGGUCAGACGUGUCAUAUUCUACUAUUUAUUGGCUGAGUUUUAUGUCGAGUAUGUUGGUUAUACAGUACUUCCAAUAUAUGUACAUAUUUGAACACUUGAGGAUUAGUGAGUUAUCAAAUCUUGUUGAUGGACUGCCUAUGACACUUGAGUAUAGUUUGACAUUUCUUAAAUUGACAAUUCUGUGGAUACAACGUCGAAUUCUUCAUAAAAUUCUUGCUAGUAUGGAUAAUGAUUGGCAUGAAUGCAUCAAUACUGAUCAUCAUUUGUGCAUAAUGACAAUUAAAGCAAAUAUAUCUCAUUUCAUAUCCAAUGCUAUAUUGAGCUUUACUGCCAUCGUUGCAGCACUUUACUUCUUAGGCGAAUACGCAAUUCGUUUCGUACUUCUAACCGAAAAUUAUAAUGACACUUUAAGACAGCUUCCUUUAAAGUUGCAAUUUCCCUUUGAAAGUCAGCAAUCGCCGAUAUUUGAAGUUCUUACUGUAACAAUAUUUCUACAUCUGAUGUUACACGCAUGCACGGUCGCUAUUUUAAAUGGAUUGAUUUUUACUUUGGUGCUACACACGAGCGGACAAAUUGAUAUAAUAUGUCAAGAGUUCAAAAAUAUUUCCGAAAAAACUCUUCUUCAGGGAUCUCUUGCAUCUUCAUUUGGAAUGUUGAUCAAGAGGCAUAACAGAGUAAUUUCAUUUUCCAAGAACAUCGAACAACUCUUCUCCUUUAUCGCAUUGAUGCAAGUUCUUUGGAAUACGUUAGUCAUUUGUAGUAUAGGAUUUUUCUUAAUAGUUUCUAUCCAUAAUGAAGCUAGUGUUUUCGUAUUAGUGAAAACUGUUUUUGCUUAUUGCGUUAUAAUGGUUGAAGCCUUUAUCAUUUGCUUUGCUGGAGAACAUCUUAGCCUCAAGGGAAAAUUAAUUGCAAAUGCAACAUAUGAAACGCUGUGGUAUGAUAUGCCAGUAAAUACGGAAAAAAUUUUAAUGUUUAUAAUAAUGAGAUCUCAGAAGCGAUUGACGAUUACAGCAGGGAAAAUGAUAGACAUGUCAUUCGAAACUUUUGCGAAUAUCAUGAAGGCAUCAGCGUCUUAUAUAUCUGUUUUAAAUGCUAUGUAUUAA